GGAGUCGGGAUAUCGCAGCUCGCUGUCCCGGCUGAAGGGUCCAUUGGACGGGAAAGGUGAAGGUGACGCCCCUUCCCGACAGGCGGGCUCUGUGGGGCAGGAGGAGGGAACUUGCCAUGGGACUCUGUCCGCCCCACAGACCGCCGCGCGUGCCCAGCCAUGGCUCGCAACUUCGAGCUCCUCUUCGAGUCCCUCGGGCACUUCGGCAGAUACCAGGCGUUGGUUUACUUUGCCUCUGUGUUCCAAUCUAUUUCUUGCGGCAUCCAUUAUCUGUCUUCUGUCUUCUUGGCUGUAACACCAAAGUUUGUAUGUAACAUUGCUGGAAAUGUGAGUCGUGUCCUCGUUUACAAUUCAUCUCAUUCAAACAUAGAGGAUGCCUGGAGUCUGUGGACAUCAACACAAAACUACAUCUUGGUCCAAUUGGAAAAUGGAGACAUUUGGGAGCUUAAUCAAUGCAGCAGGUCUAAACGAGAAAAUGCCUCAGGAUUUACUUAUGAAUAUAGCGGCAACAAGACUGAUUUUCACUGUACUGAUGGAUACAUCUACGAUCACACCAAUUGGCAGAGCACCAUUGUAACCGAGUGGGAUUUGGUCUGUCAGCAGGAAUGGCUUGCAAAAUUAACCCAGCCAACAUUUAUGCUGGGAGUCCUUGUUGGAGCUGUAAUCUUUGGAGAUCUUGCUGACAGAUUGGGAAGACGGUACAUCCUGUGGAUCACAAGCACUGGACAGUUUAUAUUUGGCAUUGCUGUGGCGUUCACGUUUAACUACAGCAGUUUUGUGAUUGUCCGUUUCCUUCUUGCAAUGGUUUCAAGUGGCUACUUGGUGGUAGUGUUUGUUUAUGUGACUGAAUACACGGGCAUCAAAGCCCGCACCUGGGCAUCCAUGCACAUCCAUGCUUUCUUUGCUGUGGGAAUCAUGAUAGUGGCUCUUGUGGGCUACUUGACACGGAUCUGGUGGGUCUAUCAGAUCUGCCUUUCUGUAGCAACUCUCCCAUUUGUCUUGUGCUGCUGGAUGCUCCCAGAGACACUUUUCUGGCUGCUCACAGAGGAAAGAUAUGAAGAAGCACAAAAAUUAAUUAAUGUAAUGGCAAGAUGGAAUAAAGUAAGCACUCCUUGUAAAAUUGCUGAACUGUGCCCGAUGCAAGAUGAUCUUAUCAAUAGCAGAAUGGGGAAUCAUGACAGUUCUCCCAUGAAGAAGCACAACGUCUUAGAUCUAUUCCGUAUGCACAUCACAAGAAGGACCAUUACAGUCUGGCUGAUUUGGUUCACUGGUUUAGGAUAUUAUGUAUUCUCCCUCAGUUCUGUGAACUUUGGAGGCAAUGAAUUUUUAAAUCUGUUUCUCAUAGGUGCUGUGGAGCUUCCAGCAUAUGCCAUUGCCUGCCUGGGAAUGGACAAAAUAGGGCGAAGGAACACCUUGAUCCCAUUCCUCAUCAUGAGUGCAGUGAUCUGUGGGAUAGUGAUGCUCAUACCUCAGGAUUUCAAUACUCUGAGUAUAUCAGCAAACAUGGCGGGAAAAUUUGCAAUAGGAAUUGCAUUUGGCCUUAUCUAUUUGUAUACGGCAGAACUCUAUCCAACAGUUGUACGGUCCCUUGCUGUUGGAAGUGGGAGCAUGAUGUGCCGAGUUGGGAGUGUGGUUGCACCUUUCUGUGUCUAUCUGUCAAGUGUUUGGAUCUUCUUCCCACAGUUGAUUGUUGGAAUCAUGGCCUUCUUGAGUGGUGUGUUAACACUGAUGCUGCCAGAAACACUUGGAAAACCAUUGACAAACACGUGGACAGAAGCUGCAGCACUAGAUGACCAUGUCACCAAAAAAAGCCAUUCAGAAACUCUUCCAGCACAGAGUGAUGCAACACUGGAGAAAAUGGAAAUGCUAAACCAAGGAGCAUGUGGCACUGAUUGAUGAAAUCAUCCUUUUGGUUUUAGCCAGCUUGUGUGAUUUUAUCUGCAACAUCCUAAUAGACAGUCCAUGGUGCCGUGUAACUGGAACAUUUUUUUUUUGCUUUCUCAAGAAGGGAGACAUACAAACUAGUUCCUUGUUCAGGAUACUUUUCUGAGUCAACUAGCUAGCAGAUGGAGUAAUGUGAAUUAUAAUUUUUGAGACACACUCAGAGAAAAGGUUCUCUUUCAGAGUUCCUGUUGCUUUUUCUGCCUGCUUAUUUUGAAAGCCUCUCUCAGAAUUCCUUAUAUCAGCAGCAACCAGCAUCAGAAGAAACAAAGAAGAAACUCAUGAUUUCAGGAAGAAGUAUGGCAGUGCAGAAAUAUAGCAACUCACCUUGUAUUGCAGUGAUUUCUCUGUAAAUGGAAGAUGCAAGUUGCAUUUUCUAUUAUUUUGUCUCUUACCUAGCAAUGCCAUCAGUUAAGGAAAAGAAACAGGCAUUCUAUAACUUUCACGACCCUGUCCUAGAUAUCAGCAUUAUGCAGAUGGAAGAAAAUACUGCCUCUUGAUGUAGCUUUAAUAUGGUUGGAAGAACACAACUGAAAUCAGAUUAUGUAAAAGUAACACUCUUGAAAAUAUCUUAAUAACUUGCACAAUCUAGAAAAUGUAUAUAUUCUUCGAUUCUUGUUACAAAAUUGAACACCUUAGCAAAUUUGGGGGAAAGGAGCCUAGGAACAUUUUGAAGAAAACAUGCAGAGAUUGUCAAGAAAACCAAGAACAAAUGAAAACAUAAUAUAAUAAUCAUAGAACUGGAAAUUGGUAUAUACAGAAGGGGGUGGGGGAAACAAAGUCCAGUUGCUUUUUUAACAGCACCUUUGGAACAACUAGAAUCUGGAUGAUUGAGAAUCUCCAUAGAUAUACAUACAGAAAUUUAAAAAAAAAACACCAUUUUAUGAGAUUAGGCUUUAGGUACUCCAUAAGGACGCUUGUACUUUGUUUCAUGACUGAUGUUGCAUGACCAUUGCAUGUAUUCUGAUACAUCGUAUUAAUUCUGAGCAAAGACCUUUGGUGAUUCUUCAGGCUUUGCUAAUUUAGUUCAUUGUCUUAUUCCUUCUGGAAGGGAAACAGAGGCUAAUGGACUAACCAGUCCUUAAAACAGGACUUUUUCUCCUGCUAUCAACCCUCUAUCAGCUUCUCCAGAAUAAGCCAAUACUUUCUAUCCUACCCUAACUCUCUGGUUUUUUUUGUGAGAGACCAUGUUUGGCACUCUUGAAACUGGAGACAGGUAUGUGUGGGUUUUCGUGCCUCUAAAAGCAAACCCACUUUCAGUGUGGAACCCAAGGCUCCCAUUACAAGUGCAUGGAGGCAACAGAAAAAGGUCUAAUGAAACCAAUACAUUA